AUCUCAGAAUCUUUUUUUCUACUUAAAUAAUCGGACAUGAACCAAUUGAGUCACAGACAAGACCAAAGCAAUCCGAUUGAUCUAAGAGAUCUUCAUGAUUCUUACAAAAUGCUUGCCAUUAAUAUGGCUAUCUCUGCUUACUGUCUGUGCUGGAAGGACACCAUACCCACUCCCUGGUGUAGGAGCCAAAGGCGGUAAGCUACCGAUUCAGACUUCACGUCCUUAUAACAUCGCACACAGAGGUUCCAAUGGAGAGAUCCCUGAAGAAACUGCAGCUGCAUACUUGAGAGCAAUUGAAGAGGGUACAGACUUCAUAGAAACAGAUGUCUUAUCAACCAAAGAUGGUGCGCUUAUCUGUUUCCAUGAUGUCAUCCUUGACGAAACAACCAAUGUUGCGAGCCACAAAGAGUUUUUUGAUCGUAAGAGAACAUACGAGGUUCAAGGAUUCAACAUCACUGGCUUUUUCACUUUUGAUUUUACUCUCAAAGAACUAAAGAAACUAAGGACAAAGCAGAGAUACUCUUUUCGAGACCAGCAAUACAAUGGAAAAUACCCUAUCAUUACAUUUGAAGAGUUCAUUACCAUUGCUCGGGAUGCUCCUCGAGUCGUCGGUAUAUAUCCUGAGAUUAAGAAUCCAGUUCUAAUGAACCAACAUGUCAAAUGGCCUGGUGGUAAGAGAUUUGAGGAUAAAGUGGUGGAGACACUUAAAAAAUAUGGAUAUGGAGGCUCAUAUUUGUCCAAGAAGUGGUUGAAAAGACCAUUGUUUAUACAAUCAUUUGCUCCAUCUUCACUUGUGUACAUAACAAAAUUGACAGACUCGCCGAAAGUGUUACUAAUAGACGAUGUUACCGUGCUAACAGAAGACACUAACCAGACUUACGCAGAGAUCACAUCAGAUGUGUAUUUCAAUUACAUUAAGCAAUAUGUUGUCGGAAUUGGACCUUGGAAGGACACAGUUGUUCCAGUAAAUAACAAUUACAUACAAGCUCCCACAGAUUUGGUCAAAAGAGCUCAUGCGCAUAACCUACAGGUGCAUCCUUAUACGUACAGGAAUGAAAACGAAUUCUUACACCUAAACUUCAGCCAAGAUCCAUAUAAGGAAUAUGAGUACUGGAUCAAUGAGAUUGGUGUUGAUGGACUCUUCACCGACUUCACUGGUAGCCUCCAUAACUACCAAGAAUGGACGUCUCCAUUGUCAGAAACUUCCAAGUCUCCAAGACAGCUCUUGAGUCAAAUUGCUUCAUUGGUCCUCCCUUAUGCAAAGGCUUGAAAUACCACAGAAGAGUCUUAAAGAUCAAAUGUGUUUUCUUACUUCACAAGAUUAUACAUAAAAGCCAGAAAAAAAACUAUGUAAAUCUUGGAACAUACUUC